AUGGAGGCAUCACAAAAUGACUCAAACGCCACAAUCAACUACACUAACAAGUUCGCGCAGCCCCCGUGGCGUGUGGCACUGUGGUCCAUCGCCUACAGCUCGGUCCUGGCUGUGGCGGUGUUUGGGAACCUGAUCGUCAUCUGGAUAAUCCUUGCGCACAAACGCAUGAGAACGGUCACCAACUAUUUUCUCCUUAACCUGGCCUUUUCUGACGCGUCGAUGGCUGCGUUCAACACGCUUAUAAACUUUAUUUAUGCCUCGCAUGGCGUGUGGUACUUUGGAGAGGCAUAUUGCAAGUUCCACAACUUUUUCCCUGUUACAUCUGUCUUCGCCAGCAUCUACUCCAUGACGGCAAUCGCAGUGGACAGGUACAUGGCUAUAAUCCACCCCCUGAAGCCCCGUCUGUCGGCUAAAGCCACUACGUGCAUCAUAGUGGUCAUAUGGUGUCUGGCUGUGGCCCUGGCCUUCCCCCUGUGCUACUACUCCACCACCAUGAUCGCACGCAAUCGCCCACUGUGCUACGUGGCCUGGCCCCGCAAAGCUAAAGACUCCUUAAUGUAUCAUAUCAUCGUAACGGUGCUGGUGUACUUGCUGCCCCUUGUGGUCAUGGCCAUAACUUACACCAUUGUUGGCGUGACACUGUGGGGAGGAGAGAUUCCGGGAGUUUCAUCUGACAACUACCAUGGACAGCUCCAGGCCAAGAGGAAGGUGGUGAAGAUGAUGAUCAUUGUGGUGGUGACGUUUGCGCUCUGCUGGCUUCCGUACCACGUAUACUUCAUCGUGACGGGUCUGAACCGAGACUUGAGCCGGUGGAAGUACAUUCAGCAGGUCUACCUCAGUGUGCUGUGGCUGGCCAUGAGCUCCACCAUGUACAACCCCAUCAUCUACUGCUGCCUCAACAGCAGGUUUCGAGCUGGCUUCAAGCGCGCAUUCCGCUGGUGCCCUUUCAUAAAGGUGUCUAGCUACGAUGAGCUGGAACUGCGCUCCACCCGCCUCCACCCCACACGUCAGAGCAGCAUGUACACACUGUCACGCAUGGACACCACCACCGUCAUGGUGUAUGACCCAAAUGAGCCUGACGGGGGCGCCGAAGGGUCCAGGAAGCUCCCCCUGUCGUCUAGGAAGAAGAGAUACGUCAUGUCUCGACAGCUGGAGGACAUUACCAACUGCAACGGGAAGGAGCAAAACGGAAAAAUGUCUACCAUGCAUUCAGAGGUGUUCUCAUGA